ACCUACAACCAAAGCCAGUCUAACAAAAGGAGCAUCCACAAAGCUAUUUCAGGAAACAAAACACUUCAUUUUUACCAGCAUAGCCCACGUAUGAUUCCAGAAGGCAUAAAUCCCAAGUUGCAUAAAAUGUUUAUUACUGCGGAAAAAUACGAACCGAGCAAUUCACGAACACUCUCCAAAGAGAGAAGACCCAGUUUCCUGCAGCACAAAUCUGCUCUCUUUUCCUGUGUCACUGGCCAAAAGCAAGUACACUCUCAUGAGAACUGGUCUCUGUCACCUGAGGAAUAUGAAAUCUGGGACAGGCUUUACAGGAUUAAGGAAAGUGAUGGAGUAAAACAACCAAUGUUGCCUCAAACUCGGUUUGAAACCUUAGAAAACCUGGAAGAAAUAUUGAAGCAUGAAGAAGCAGCAGCUCAGGAGCUUUCCUUGGCUGAAUGGAGAAUUUGGCAGAAUCGUCCUUUUCCCACAUCUAUGGUCGAUCACUCGGAUCGUUGUUGCCAUUUUGUCAGCGUAAUGGAAAUGAUAGAGCUGCUGAGAAAUGAACAGGGAGAUUGCAGCUAUGAACUGGAGCUCCAGCCUUACCUACGUAUUGAAGACGUUUAUGUCCAAAGGAAUAAAAGCCACCUUUUCAUGCCCACCUCUGCGUCUGAGCAGAGAGCACACUCAUCCAGAAAAGACGUGGCACACAGAUCAAAAAUAAAACCAUUUUUACCUGAUACAAAUGAUAAUGCAAGUGAAUUAUUUUCCACGUUUAAAAUAACAAAAACAAAGACUCCCAAAAGACCUGGAUUAAAUCUUGAAGUACCCGUGUUGCCUACAGGUAUUAAUGCUUUGGCUUCUGACUCAGCAAAAGGGCUUGCUCUGGUUGAAAAUACUGACCAGGGCAGUCAGAAAGAUGAGGAACUAGAGGUGACGUUUGACUUAAAUGAAUUUAUUGACCUAUGUGACAACAGCGAAAGUACUGUAAUUCACCAAAGUGCAGCAAUACAGGAAUGCAAAAGCGUAGAUAAAGCUUGUCGGUCACUAGGGACAAACCACACAGAUUCGGGUUAUAGCAGCCUCUCACCAGAGAAAUCACCCGUGUCCUCUGACUUAUUUUAUCUUCCUGAAUCACACAUGGAUUCAUCUGCACUGGUGAGACCGUCUGAGGAGCCUUCCUGGUUAAAAGAGGGAUUUUCCCAUGUGAAAAGGCUUUUAUCGCAAUCUCCUCCCUCUUUGAAUGAACUUUAUGAUUUUGAAAACAUGGUGAGAAAUGAAGAAACAAUAUGUCCUUUUCAGAAAGGUAUUUCCAACAGUUAUUCAGAGGGACUGCAGGACAAAGUCUUUUCUGAAAGUCCUGCACUGAAAGUCACCGGUGCAUCGUGUCCUCCUGUACAUACCUGUUUCUCAAAAACUGUGUCGUCUUCCGAGUCUGCAGCCAACGAGGAGCUUCACUGGGAUGACAGCUUUGAUGACCUGUUUGACAGCGAAGCAUUCACUGAAACUCCAAAGAAAGCUCCAACAAUAAAUCACACUCUGACCCAUAACCCUACAUAUAAGUGUUUUGUUCAGAAAGAGAAAGACCUUGAAAAUAACAAGAAAAAUGUGAUUAUUGGUGAAGAGGAGAGUAUCUGUUUAUUUGAAGAUGAACAUAUGUAUGGUACAACUAACGGGAGUGUUUCUGUGAACAGUAAGCAUUUGGUCAGGUCAGGUUCGGGUGGGAGCGGUAGGGCAGUUGCAGAGCAGGGCUCUGCGUGGCUUCCUGCAGGGGUGUCCUGUGGGGACGCUGGCAGAGCCCUCAGGGAGCAGGCACCAAGUGGUAACACCACAACCACCAAAGUGUCCAGUGGUACCGGUGAUACCAAGCAGCUUCUGGACAACAAUGAUCUUUAUGACUGUUCUGAAGAACUGUUUUCUGUUACCUUUGAUUUGGGGUUUUCCAUUGAAGAGUGGGAGAACGAUAUCUUUGCAGAAGAUGUGAAUACUAAUAAUACCAAAAAGUUAAAUGUUGCCUCGGGGCGUCACGCAGAUGUUAAACCCACUGAAGAUAAACAAACAUCCCUGAAUGAUGGCUCCAGAUUUGAGUCAUCGCCAAAAUGGGAUUGUAAAAGUCUUGAGAGAAGAGACGUUUCCACACCGCUGCUGUUCCCGAGCAGGAGCACGAGUGCCACAGGAGGGACUGAGGGCACUGCCACUGCAGGGCCCUUCUUGAAGUCCGCAGACAGGAGAAGGGGGAGUCGAUCAUCUGAAGCUUUGGCUUCUUCCUUUUCGACUCCAACAGGUAGAAAGGUUAUGAAUGUUAAAGCUAUCAAAGGAAUUCCUAUGGGUGUCUUCUCUAGUGCCCAGGAGUUGAUUCCAGAGGUGCCUCUUACAGACAAAGCAAAUAAAAAUCAAAGCCCACACAGGCAGAACUUUGGGAGUGCAGCUGUGGAUGCACUUGAUUCCCCUUCAGGAAGAACCGAAAACCUGGGAGACAUCAACCUUCAUCGUUCACGUGUGUCUGCUGCUGGAGGAACCAGCAGUGAGAGUGAAGAAGAGAUCGUUUUCCAGAGGAAAAACAGGGGAAAAAAGGAUGUUUUGAAGUCUCCUGAUGGUAUGAACAGCAGUGAUUUUGAAUCACCGAUUCGUGCCGUCAGAAAACGUCGACACCCACGUAAUGUGUCGGACGUGUCCAGCGAUGACAGCGUGGAUUUCCACAGGGACCCGAGAGGGACCACGGGCAGCAGCUCGGCCGCCUGCUACAGAAACCGGCUGGGACGUUUGAAACGGCAAAAGCUCAAGAACAGUUUUACGUACAGGAAUGCAGCACGACAGUUUUUGGAUGAAGAAGCUGAGCUGUCCCAGCAAGACGCAGACUGCGUUUCAGCUGAUGAGAGUGACGAUACAGAGGACAAGAUGAACUCUUCCCUUGCUCAGUUCCUGAAUGACGAUGAGGAGGUGACACAAGUGUUAAAUGACCAUGAGAUGAAGGGAGUUUACCUGAAAUCUGUGCGUAGUCCAGCUCUUGGCAAUAGGUACAAAAUGGUUCAUCGUGAAUUCAACAACAUGAACGUUUUCUCACAGAUUCCUGAGCAAGACGAGGCUUACGAAGAAGACAGUUUCUGUGUUGGAGAGGAGGAAGAGGAAACUUGCCCCAAAAAUGAAUCUAGUGAGGAGGAAGUGUGCGUCAAUUUUGAUCUUCUAAAUAAUGAGAGUUUUACUAGUGGAAGAAAACAGUACCUCACUCGCCACACCAGAAAGUUAAAGCAGACCAGGAUGGAAGAGAACAGCUGUGUCCCAGUGCAGAAGAAGAAACCAUCCCGAAUUAUUGUUCUUAGUGAUUCCAGCGAGGAAGAAAUGAGCGUCAGCAAUGAGAAGCCCAUGAAAAUGGACUGUUUCAGGGAGGAGCAGGAAAAUGCUAAGGUACCCAAGUUGUUGCCUUCAGUCUCUUCUGCACAGCGCAGAAAAGCUGCUGGAGAAAUCAGCGUUCAUCAGGCUGUGGAGAGUAACAGUGAGAUGCUGCUUGGCUUGAAAGCUUCAGUAUCCGAAACGUUGGAUUUUCACCCAGAUCGUCCAGCCAGGAGCACACGCUGCCCUCCAGCUGUCACUGGUUCUGAUCUGGGGAAGGAGGAUCUGCGGGCUCAUCCUGAGGUGAAAAGCUCUCUGAAGAACACCUGCAGGAGCACCCCAGUCCCACCGUGUUCUGCUUCCUCAGCUGCAGCUCUGCAGACAAACCCUCUCUGUGUCCUGGCAGACAGCCGGGAAAUCUCCUCAGGCGCAGAGGUGAUUUCUGCCCUGAAGGCAGUUCAUGGCGUGAAGGUGCAGGUUUGCUCACUGGGCAGCAGCGAUUACAUCGUCAGCACCCGCAUGGCGGUGGAGAGGAGAUUUCUGUCGGACUUACUGAACUCUGGGAACAGGAAUAAAGUCACGCAGCGGAUCCAGCGCCUGCAGAGCACGUUUGAGAGAAUAUGUGUGAUAGUGGAAAAGGACAGGAUUAGACCAGGAGAGACGUCACGAUUUCUCCAGAGGACGCAGUACUACGACAGUGUGCUCUCAGCCUUGGUCCAGGCUGGUGUCCGAAUUCUUUUUAGCACUUGCCAAGAGGAAACCGCUGGUUUGCUGAAGGACCUGGCCUUGGUGGAGCAAAGGAAAAACGCUGCCAUUCGCGUGCUGACAGAGCUGGAGGGUCACAAGCAGGAAAUGCUCAACUUGUUCCUGACUAUCCCAAACCUCAGCUACCUGGCUGCUCUCAACAUGUGCCAUCACUUUGGCUCCGUGAAGAAGAUGGCCAACAGCUCCCCGCUGGACAUCGCCACUGGCGCCCAGGUCAGCCUGCAGAAAGCAGAGGAGAUCUUCCGCUACCUCCACUAUGGCUUUGAUGCACAGAUGCUGCCCGAGAGUCUCUGUGCCAAGGGGAGAAGCACCGCAGCCACCAAGAGCUGA